CUCCAGUAUGUUAUCCGCCGAUUGCAGGUGUUGUGCAGAAAGAUAAAUCGAGUGAUUUGUGAGAUGAAGCUACCUUGUCCCUCCUGGGGCGGAUCUCAUUACCCGAUCGGCCUUAGCCCUAAUUUGAUGCCAUUCAUUCCCCGAAUCCCCACCAAGAUUCCCACGGUUCUCCACUCUAGCAGAGAAGCAUCAGGAAUUCUGGGGAAAUGCGUUCUGCCAUCGGAAUGACGUGUAAACAGCUCCACACCUUCCUCGACCCUGUUUACUUCCGUCCCACAUCCAUGCGGGGGCAUCAACCCCCCCUGACCAUAAAUCCUCACCCCCACCCUCCCCUCUCACACUUCACUCUCAACCACUUCACAACACCUCACAAACCCCCUAAUACCAACCGCCAAAGAUGCCCCCCACCCUCCCAACAACCCGCCGCGCCUUCCGCCGAACAGACGACUACACCCCGGGCACACCCAAACUCUACGCAGUCGACGAACCCCUCACGUCCCUGGGCCCCACCUCGGUGCUGAUCAAAAUCCACGCCAUCGCCCUGAACUACCGGGACGCCAACAUCGCCAACGGCGGAAACCCGUGGCCCGUCCUCCCGCACGGGAUCCUAUGUAACGACGCCGCAGGGGAAGUCCUCGCGGCCGGCGAGAAGGUCACCAGCCUGGCCGUCGGCGACCGCGUCGCCCCCAUCAUCGACACGCAGUUCGUGUCCGGCCGGGAGCUGGGCCGGAGCUGGCUCGCGGCCGACGAGGACGGGGUCAUGGCGGACCACGUCGUCUUCGACGAGAGGGUGGUCGUCAAGCUUCCGACGUAUCUCGACUGGAGCAGCGCCGCGACGAUCCCCUGCGCGGGCGUCACGGCGUGGUCCGCGCUCAAGGGGAUGAGUAUCGGGCAGACGGUGCUGAUUCAGGGUCUGCCUUUCUUGGUUAUUGUCUUUUUGGAGAGUGCUGCGCUAACGGAUAAAUGGGCGGCAGGGACCGGCGGCGUGAGUGUGUUUGCGCUGAAGCUUGCGCGCGCGGCGGGCCUGCGCGUGAUCUUGACUUCGUCGAGCGAUGAGAAGCUGGCGGCCAUGCAGAAGAAGUAUGCGGAGCCGCCGUUGUUGACGGUCAAUUACUCCAAGACUCCGGCGUGGGAGGAGGAGGUGCUGCGGUUGACGGACGGGGUGGGCGUGGACAUUGUGGUCGAGAACGGGGGCACGCCGUCGCUCGUGCGGUCGAUGAAGUGCACGCGGCGCGGCGGGGUCGUCAGCCAGGUCGGGUAUCUGGGCAAGCAGAAUGCGCAGGAUCUGGCACAGUUGGUGCCGGUUAUCAUCGAUCGGCGGGUCGUCUUGAGGUAAGCUUGAUCUUUGGGUGGAGUGCGUGAGUCGGGAGCGAUUGGCUAAUUCGUGUGUCAGGGGUAUCAAUGCGGGCUCGAAGUUUGAUACGGAGGACUUCUGUGCGGCGUUGGCGGCGACGCAGAUUCGAUUAGAUGAUUUGAUUGAUUCGGUGUUUCCCUUUGAGAAAGCGGAGGAGGCGGUCGAGUAUAUCUGGCAGGGGAAGCAGGUGGGGAAGAUUGUGCUUCAGCUGUAGAGUUAGGGCUAUUGGCUGGGGUGAAAUCAGGGAAGAUGAAUGGAAUGCCAUCGCUUGUAUGCGGGUCUUGCUAUUCGCCAGUAAGACUGGUAUCGAUGCUCAGUUGUUGUAUCAGUCUUGAGAACGGACUUGCGACAAGGCAAGGUGUUCAGAAUCUAUCCAAGCUGC